AUGAUGGAAGGGCGCGGCGACAUCCGCGUAGUGGGGGACUACAUGCUGGGGCCCAAGAUCGGGGCGGGAUCGUUCGCGGUUGUGUGGCAGGCGAGGCACCGGUUGCUUGGGCUGGAGGUGGCGGUGAAGGAGAUCGACAAGAAGCAGCUGAGCAGAAAGCUCAGGGAGAGCCUCUUUAAGGAGAUCGACAUCCUCCGCAACGUCUCCCAUCCGAACAUCGUCCGUCUCCACGAGGCCAUCGAGGUCCUCUCCCGCCCUCCCUCCCUCCCUUCCCCAACCUUGUCUGUCCCCUCUCCAUCCUGCCUCGUAUCGCGGCGGGAAGGCCCCGGCUACGCCCUGAACGAACAAGAAAAUGGCGUUGGAUGACUGGUGGUCAUCAUGAAUUACUCCGCAUCCCUGAACCAUCUGACAGACUCUCAUCUCUAGUUUUUUUAGCCUCUGCGCUCUUGAAGGUGCAAGGAUAAUAAUUCAUGUUUUUUUCCUUUCCAUCUGAUUUCUCUCACGAAUAUGUGUGCAAUGUCUUCAACAGACUCAGGAGAAAAUAUACCUUGUUUUGGAGUACUGUACCGGAGGGGACCUCGCUGCCUUCAUUACCCGUCAUGGAAGAGUUUCCGAAGCUGUUGCGAGGCAUUUAAUGCAGCAACUGGGUAAAUGGUCUCCCCGCUUUUCAUUUGCAUCAUCUAUUUGGGCCCGACUGUUCUUCUACUGAUACUGAGGAACCGCAAGCUAGCAUCUGUGGACUAAGAAGCUUUUACCGCACACAAUCGAAAGCGCCACCAAUCCAAGUUUCUUAACACUUCUUCACUCCUUUUCACUCUUUUCCAGCGUCAGGCCUGCAAGUUCUUCGGGAAAACAAUCUUAUACAUAGAGAUCUGAAACCGCAGGUAAAGUGGUCAUUCGAGUAACGGAUUCUGCUUGCAUGGUAGUAAUACGUGGGAGCAAGCUUUCUGACAUUAGUAGUCGAAAAUUCUAUUCUGAUCCAUUUGUUCUUGCCAGAGCCUCGAAUUAACAGUCAUAUUUUUCGUUGGACAUCCACAAUUAGCCCGAAUUUUGGCAUAGAAACAUAAAUACGGAGAUUACAACAUAUGGACGGGUAGCGAAAAUGUUUAACUGGUGAUGGGUAAUAUAAUUGUCAUAGCAUGCUUAUAAUCGGUCGUAGAUUAUUUAGCUUUAUACAAUCAAGAGAAGUUUUGGUUUUCUUGUCUCUUGAUCAGAUAAUGUUCAACUCAAGUUGUAGGCGGUUUUUUUGUGUUUACUAAAUGUCAGUCAAAUUUGCAGAACCUUUUGUUGUCGAGCAAUGAUGAAAGUUCUGUUCUGAAGAUUGGUGAUUUUGGAUUUGCAAGGUCAGUUUCGAUACAUUUACAAGAUGGAUUCUGUAAUUUGCUCCGAUAAAGAUCCCUUUGUAGUUUCCUGUUUCAGAUUUUUUUAGUCAGAUUACCUCAUAACUGAGUGUGAAGGAUCCAAGAAAGCAUUACAUUGUUUUCUGGCGUAAAAUAUGUCUCCUGUAUUUUCUAAGUGUUUAUAAUAACAGUCAGGGAAGAUCUAUGUCGGAUAUCUCCACAUGCUACAAACUCGGUUAGAUUUGGGGAUUUGUGGGACCAUGAGCCAGAAAACGGGCACCUAUGAACAAUUUGAGUGAUUUAUAUGAAACAACUCAAUCACUCGAUGUACAUCUGGAUUUUCGAAUUAAAUGAAAUUUUGGGAGCAGAGUCAAAUGCAGUUUUAGAGCAACGUCAUGCUAAAUACUAUCAGCGAAUCAAACAGGAACUAGACAGAUGAAUAGCCUUUACUACCGCAACAUCAGCGUUAUGUACGCUAUGUACGUUAAAUACUUUUCCUAGUGUCAACCUUAGAUCCAGUAAUGAUUUGGAAGACUGUUCUUGACAUGAGGAGUCCUUACAUUUUCUGGUGGUCUGGCUUUCUGUUAACACACCAAUCCAGACGAAGAACAUAGAAGAACAGAGAUUGAUUAACCGCGAAUGGAAGAGGAAUCAAGAAGAAGAAGAUAUUAGACUUCAUGCCUAGAAACCCUAGAUGUCUUGGUAAUCAUUCGACCGGUUACCGCUCUCCACUCAGCCCUAAAGACUGGACCCCCCCCCUCUCUCGUCCCCUCUCUUUUCUUAGGUGCCAGCUGGAAUAUUUGUUAAACCUCUUACAAUUUAGGCUUUCUCCAUUAAGCCCCUCCUAACAUACUUAAUAUGUUGGGGGCCUAUCACUUUCUGGACAUCAACCCUUUAAAAGCGAACACAGCAUACAUGGUCGAGAUAACCCAUAACGAAAGAAUAUUCAUCAAAAUACCUGAAAGACAUUUGCUGCACUUUGGUAGAAAAAGAACUUGUUUUGCCUUUGGUUCAUUAAACUGAAGAGCAAACCACAAAGUGUUUUUCAAACUUUCAACAUCGUUAAGGUGAAUAUUGAAAAUAGAAAUUUUGAUAAAGAGAUCCUGGGUAUCUCUACGAAAGUGAAAUUCUGCUUGUUUAAUCAAUUCGUUUUAUGGAGAAGAAUAGCUCUUGUGUUGCUGCCAAAAUGAUGAUUGGAUCGAAUUUUACUUUUCUUCUCAGGCUGUUUCUCCUUUGAAGUGUACAUUGAGAAUAUAUAUUCCUUACAACCAUCGUUUGCCUCCAAGUUUCUUUCACCAUCCUUCUGGGAUGUAUGAUAAACUUAUAAUCUCUUUAAAACUUUUAGUUCGAUGUACAUUUUUUUAUAUUCUUUGUUGUGCUUACUUAUAUUUGUGUGAAAUAUAUUUGUACAUAAUCUCCCAUUUUCACAUCUAUCUGUUUUAACGAGGAACAUUUUCUAGGUAUUUGAUGCCCCAAGGCUUGGCUGAUACACUGUGCGGAUCCCCAUUAUACAUGGCCCCAGAGAUAAUACAGAACCAAAAAUAUGAUGCGAAGGUUCUUGACAAUGAUCUAUGUUGUCUAUUUUUUCCAUCUUCCAUUCUUUUCACGUUUUCUAUAUUCUUCAGUCUUUGGCUGCUUUAUGCAGGCUGAUUUAUGGAGUGUUGGAGCAAUUUUAUUCCAACUAGUGACAGGCAAGCCACCUUUUGAUGGAGAUACGCAAUUCCAGGCUAGUAUUCGAAUCAAACAUAAUUUAAUUUCUCAAGCUUCUUUUCUACCAAUUCAUUUUGUUUCUUAUUCUUCGUACUGACAUUUGAUAUUUUCUUACUGUAUGAUAUCUUUGCUUCAGUUGUUCCAGAAUAUAUUGAGAUCCAACGAGCUUCAGUUUCCCCCUGAUAUUCUGGGGGAACUGCAUUCUGAUUGCAUUGACUUGUGUAAAAGACUUCUACGCCAAAAUCCAGGUGACAACUUCUCCAGUUUGGCCAUGGUCCUGUCUUGUGGCUUUGCACAAAAAGAAUGAAGGACACCAUUUCUUAGAUUAGCAUUGUUCUUUGGUAUGUUAUUGUGUAGCAUCAGAAUUCAACAAUCAAAAUCAAGAUCUAUAAUUGUCCACUUAGUCAAAUAGACUUUUCUUAAGAUGUUGAAUAAUUGAUUGGGUUCAAGUUUGCAGAAUCCAUUCACAAUAUGACUAAAUAUAAAUUUCUCUUGGGAAAUAGGUGUUUCAGACUGACUUUCGACGAAUUGUCUUAUUAUUUUUUCACUAAUGGGAUGAUCAGCCCCUCUACCUACAAAAUAGUAUUUGCAUGACAACUUUUUUGGCAAAAACUUAUAGCAGAAGUGCUUUAUUUACGAAGUAAAUUGAGUAGAAUUUUUGUCUUGGUUUAUUUUAAUCUUAUUUGACUAUAGAGCUAGGUACAAAGAUGAUAUUGUAUAGAAUAAAUGACACCAAUUUUAUUAUAGUAUGGUCAAAUCUCAAACAUACUCCGCGCCAUUAGGUGGGACAAUAGUCUCUCAGGUACUUCCGCAUAGUUUCAUCUGAACUUAUACAAAUUUGUUUUCUCGGGGUACUAAUAAAACGCUAUACUUUUAAGUUAACUUUCUUUGAAUACCAAUGAAGUAUCUCAAUCCUUUCUCAAUAGCAAGCAUAGACAAACAAUGAUAAACGAAAUAAAAAUUUUACAAUUCAUCAUGUACAAAUGAUAAUCCAACGACAAACUUAGGCCCAAUCAAAACUCGGAUACCAUUAAAAUCUUGUAUGCUCAAGGAUACUUCUGUUGUUUACUAGGUUAAUGCAUGGAAGCUUGAGAAUCUCCUUUCCUUCAGGAUAUUUAUUGAUAGCGAUUGUCUAUUAGCCAUUCCAAAAUAGUUGUUGCAAAACUACGAGGAUAACUCUACAAGUCCGAGGUCAUCGCUUUAAACCUAUAACAUCUUCUGAUGUCAAUCCUCUUAUUUACAAGGGUCAAUCCUUCACGUUCUUUGUCAUCAGUAGAGCCAAUCUUUAUGUAAACUUUUUCUAAUUUCCGACAUUAUUUUUCGGACAAAGGUUAACCUAAGAGCUGACUUCUGUGUAAAUGGCUUCAUAUUUUUUGCAUAAUGAUUGACACAUUUCUGUUAUGGUUUAACCAUCAUUUUAUAAAAAUUACGUGCUCAUGAAAGCUUAUUUUCUACAAGUAAUGCUUUAUAAUUUUAGGGGAUCAAUGAUUUGGUAAGAACCUAGAUCCAGAAAAGAAUAGGAUUCUUCUUGAGUGGAACGGGAACAAGGAUUAGGGGAAGAAGGUGUGAACUGUGGAGAGCAAAUCGGUUCUACCACAAACAGGCAGAGAAUCUCCGGGAACUUCUAGAGACCAACUGACUUCUCUAACCUUCCCUAUACAACUGAGUCCCCUUAUUUAUAACCCUCAGCCCUCUCCUUCACGCAUGGAUGCUUCUUAACUUCCACAUGCUUGGAGAGUUAUCAUGGUUAUCCUAUUACCUUCACUUUUUGGUCAACUUUUGUCCAGAAAAGCUUUCAUCUUUUUACCUAAAUUAGUAUCAGAAUUCAAAUUUUUUAAUCUUCAAAACAACUUAUUAGUUUCAAAAAAAAUUGAUAUUUCCCUUCAGAUUAUUUGAUAUUUUGGGUUUAGAUUUAUGGAAAAUUUGCUUGUAAAUUUAUCUUAUGAUUCAAACUCUUAAUUGCUGUCGUGAAAGAUUUCAUUUUAAUAUCUUAUGUGAAAUGAAGUGUGCAUAUAAUGCAGUUGAGCGGCUGACAUUUGAGGAGUUUUUCAAUCACAAGUUCAUGGCCACUGAAAGGUUAGAAUCAAACCCAUGCCGCCAUCAUUUGUUUCAAUCGUAAGUUCAUGGAAUAUUUCACCCUAUGCACGAUUUCCAAAUUUGAGUGAAUUCUAUUGUGCUAUAUCGUUAUAAAUUAAAUAACUGUAGAAUUAUUUCCUUCUGUGCACAUGCCAAAAGUUUUUAUCAAAAAGAUGUUAAUUAUUCCAUGAUAAUAUCAUGGAAGGGCAUUUGCUAAACCGUGUCAUGUAUGACAAGCAGAACUGCUAAUGGAUUACAGCAUAAUUCUGGGAACGAAGAAUCGAGGAAACCAGUUGUUGGUGACCCUUUAUCUCUGGGAUGGGAUAAUAGCACAUUAUUCUCGGAGAAAAGCACAAGUAUUUUGAAAGGUUAGAUUCCAUAAUGGUUUUUUCCGGAUUUACGUUUUUAAUUUGCUGUUUUCUAGCAGCUUACUUUAUCUGCACUUAUGUCAGCUGGAGACUCAUUAGAGUCCAUUGAACGGGAAUACGUUAUUAUCAAUACCAAUUUUUCUUCAAUGGAUACCAUAUCCACAUUACUUGAAGCAUCUCUGCUGGAUAAUUCCACAACCAGAUGUUCUAUCUACAAAUUCAAUAAGAUUGGCAUGGGUACUUGUGCUCAACUUCAGAAUCGAGGCCUUGCCCUUGGCUCCCUUUGUGUUCUAGAAAGUGCAUUGGGUCAUUUUUAUAAUCCAGACAAUUCACCAUCAUCGGAAUUAAAUGCAAAACGACUACUUUUGUCUAGUUCUUCACGAAGGCUUCAAUUACUAUGCAAGUAUGCUCAUGCUCUUUCAGAGGUUUCCAGAGAAAAGGUACCAAUGUCUGUAUAAUAUCACUUCUGAAUGUGGUGGCUAAUAUUAAGCUCUGUGAUAUCAGCAAUAGAGGAAUGAGAAUUGUAUUUAAUAUGUUGCAUUGUAACUAGUUGGCAUUUUUUCAGUGCUUGAUUCCAUGUGAAAGGGCCGUUUAUUUGACAUCGUGAAGCCAUUUCCUUUAGCGUGUACGGUUCCACGUUGUAUCAAGAAAAGAUAUCCAAUGUGCAAAUGUGUAGGGGCCAGAAUCCUGAAAUAUCAAUGUGAGGCUAAAGUUCUCUUUUGUCUGUGGUUACCAAAAUGUAACAUGUGAAGGAUCGGAAGAGAAACUGUAGUUGAUUUGUUUUGGAUGAUGUCAACAAGUAAUGCAUCUUCCUGUUGUGUGUAGCUGUGCUUUCCUUCUGAUUUUGUCGAGUUUUUUUCCCUCUUAAAUUUUAAUGCCUUCACUUGGAUUGCCAUUUUAGUAUGUCUACAAAGGACCCUAGGAUUAAAAGAAUGACUUUUAGUCCGUUAUUUGAUAGACACAAUUUAAGCGACUCAUGAAAUAAACAAGCUCACUCAUGCAACACUAUGGCUUUAAGAUUGUUGUUCUAGUCGUGGCUGGCUGAUGCAGCCUAGUCAUGCAAAUGGGUCGGUUAUUCAUGGUUGGGAUGUGCGUGAGGGUUGACGGAGUUUGUCAUAUUAGGGGCUGAGGGUGCAAAUGUUAUGGAAUCAGGACGAUUUUCGCAGUAACUUGGCUAUAUCAGUUGCGACUCAUGCCUGUAUCACAUGAUGUAUAACCACGUACAACUUAAGCCGGUGUGAGUUGGGUCGGCCUAACUUGACCUGAUUGUUGCUGCUGUACAUGAGUCGUCUGCUGCUUUCAUUGCCUUCUUCCGGGGCCUUACCCCUGUUGUAGAAGAAAAUCAUUUCCCCCUGCUGCUCAGAAACAUUGCCGUCCUUACCUCUCCCUGCCCACCACGCUGUGCUUGCUUCCUCCCUUUUUUUUCCCUCAGUUGCCUCCACUGGUUCGGAUGGAAAGGGGUCAUUGGGAAGUUUGCAGGUAUACAUGAUGAAAUUUUUAUCAAUGUCUGUUUUGGACUGUCCUCAUUUUGAUGAGAAGAUUAUGGAUGUCUCAUUUUAUUUUUAUAUAGGCAAUCAUGAAUGUUUUAUUGUUUUUUAGAGUAUCCCUAGCUCAUGCGAUUUGUGUGAGCCUGGUCAAUAUCCUUCAAUAUUAGUUUAGGGUUGAUUCCGUCUUGAGCCAAUAUAAGUUCGGUAAACAUAGCUUCAUCCGGCAUUUCCUUUCAGACUUCAGUUGUUUGAACCGUAAUGUGUAAGGCAACUACAUGAACUAGACACUGCAGCUCACCGUGGGAUUCUUUCUCAACUUUGAAUAUGAAUUAAUGCUCAGUGAAGAUCGGAUGAGGUGAUUCGUACUGCUUGAGAUGUGGAACGCUGUUACGCAUAAUUAGUCAGCCUUUAUGAACUGUUGCUGAUCACACUUAUAUUGGAUCUCAUAUCUUGAUUAAGCAUUACAUCUCUUGCAGCUUAAUGAAGGACAACAUGCGGAGUCAUUUUCAGUUGAACUUGUAGUUUUAGCUUUGUGGAAAGACGCUCUUCGACUCUGUAGUGAUUGGUUGUCAUCAGCAAUCGAAGAUUCUUUUCGUUGCUGCUCAAUCAAUGACCAGCAAUCAAGUCAGAAUGAGAAAACUAUGUCCUUGGGUGAAUGUGUCGGCUUCAGGACACCAAGAAGUGUUUAUGCCUGGGCAGAGCAAGGUUUUCUCGCCGCCUUUGAUCGGGCUGAAAUGAUAUCCAAUGAACUUCGACAUAUGGACGGUUAGAUUCAGAGAAAUUUGUUUCGUUUACUUAUUUCCCUCUAUAUGAACUCUAAAACAUCAAAAAUCCACCACCUGUGCCAGGUAAUUCAGAGAUGCCUGAUGCUUUGGAAAUCAUAUUCCAGUCAGCCCUCUCUGCAGGGAAAAAUGGUGCAGUAAGUAAAUACAUUGCUUUAUUCAUCACUUACUGCUUCUUGCUGGGUGAAGGAUGGAUUCAAAAAGAAAAUUCUCAUUCCAAUGUGCAUUUUUCUUUCCUGAAAUCUGCUCAGAUGACUCGCCCAUUGCUUUGAUGCAAAUGGACGUCAGAAAUAUGCAUACAUGUUGAGCAUCCCGGUAUGAACGUAGUGAUGUUCCAUAGUGCUUUGUCUUCAUUCAUUCGUCAUUUUUUUUCUUUUCUUUAGAUAUAUUAGCCCCUAGGACGUAAGAGCUACAAGUCUUUUAAAAGAUGUAAGCAUAAUCAGGGACCCAUUGAGAGGUUUUGCAUGGGUACAGCCACACGCUCAAAGCAUGCCCAGCAGACUCUUUGCCUCUCUAGAUUCGGCAUUCAUGACGAGCGAGCCGUGAGAUGUUGGAGUAACUCUGCGCGAUUGCUUCAUCUUUUUUCCGAAUGCCCUGAACUUCUUGAUGAGCGGGCCUCCUCUUCCUGUUUACAUUUUCUUUUUCUUUUUCUUUUUUUUUCCAUCCGACUGAUCUCACGGCUCCACUCUUAUGGUUUCGUUGUUUCAGGUGGAUGAAUUCAUGGGAAAUGGAGACAGUGCGGUGGUCGCGUAUUCAAGGGCCACGAUUCUGCUUUCAUUUAUUCUGACAGAAGCUCAAACACUACAGUUGAACCCUCCAUUCUCUCUAUCAGCAUCUGAUCAGCAGAGGAUAUUCACGUACAUCAGCACCCUGGAAUCCCACCUAAACCGCUCCCGAGGGCUCCAUCUACCAGCCGAGGAAACUGAUCACGCGUAG